AUGGCGUCGGUGUCACCACCAAAACCCUGGGAAAGAGCAGGUGCUAGUGGGAACGCUUUAUCGUCUGCGCCUAUUGCUGGAAAUCCUGUUGCAUCUACCGCGAUGACCUCGCCCUCUGCGGGCAACCCCGCAACCGCCUCGACUACCUCCGCCCCCGAAUUACCCUCCCGCCCCAGUGCUCUUAACUCUGUGGUCAACACAAAUGCUUCCAACUACUCUCCGUACGGCGCAUCGCGUUUUGGAACUAGCCCUUACGGAGGCUAUGGAGGUAUGAGUGCAUACUCUUCUCCAUACUCUCGCUUCGGCUCUAUGGGAUCAAUGUAUGGUGGCUACGGCGGCAUGGGAGGCAUGUACGGGGGCAUGGGAGGUAUGGGAGGCAUGUAUGGAGGCAUGCCUGGGCAGGACCCAAAUGACCCCAACAGCCUCACCAACUCUUUCAGCCAGAGCACCCAAGCCACUUUCCAGAUGAUUGAGAGUAUUGUUGGAGCAUUUGGAGGGUUUGCCCAGAUGCUGGAAAGCACUUAUAUGGCCACUCACAGUUCAUUUUUCGCUAUGGUCUCGGUCGCAGAACAGUUCGGUAACCUGCGAACCACCCUCGGCUCGGCUCUGGGGAUCUUCACCAUCAUCCGUUGGUUCCGCACAUUAAUCGCCAAACUCACCGGUCGUCCUCCCCCAGCCGAUGCUACUGCUCUGACUCCUGCUGCAUUUGCAGCUUUCAUGGGUGGACGCUCGGCGCCUAUCACCCUCCCAGAUGGCUCGCCGGCUCCCGCCAAGCCUUCAAAGAAGCCGUUCUUCAUGUUCCUUGUUGCUGUUUUCGGUCUCCCUUACCUGAUGGGCAAGCUGAUCAAGGCUCUCGCCCGAUCGCAAGAGGAGCGUCGCCAGCAACUUGCUGGUCCCAAUGGUGAACCGCAAUCAGCGUCCCUGGAUCCGGCCAAGCUGGACUUUUGCCGUCUCCUCUACGACUACUCUCCCGAGACCCAGGAGAGCAAUGGCAUUGACCUGGCCGUGAAGAAGGGUGAUAUUGUUGCUGUCUUGAGCAAGUCUGACCCUAUGGGCAACGCUUCAGAAUGGUGGCGCUGCCGUGCUCGUGAUGGACGUGUGGGUUACUUGCCUGGUCCUUACCUGGAGACUAUCCAAAGACGACCUAAUCAACAAGCCAUUACAUCUGGCAGUGCGCCAGCCUCCCGUACAAACUCAAUUAGCGGUGUCAUUUCUACCGAUCGCACAAAGAGUCUCACCUCAGUCCCCAAGUCAGCUGGUGAUCAGCCGCCCGAGCUGAAGGGCAAGAUGGGCGACAUCUCGCCUGAAAGUUUCCAGAAGAGCACCUUCUAUUCUUAA